GUCUAGUGCAAUGAAUUUUUCUUUGAGCACAUUAUUAUUAUUCGUUUCUUUUUUCUUUGGUCAUAUAUAGCUAAAAAAGCUUCCAUCCCCAAACAAAAGAACCUCUCUCAGACUUUCAACACUGAUUGAAGGUCUGAAUCUCUGAAAGACCCCCUUUUUCUUCCAAAUCAAUUGAUGAAAGUUUGAAUUUUAUGCAAAGUGUAGAAAUUUCGGUGGGUUUUCAGAAAAGGGGUUUUCUUUGUUUGUGGUAUUGAAUUCAAAUUGCUGAAAUUCAUCAUCGUUUUGUGUCUUCUUUUAAUUUUUUGUUUUAAUUUUUGUGGCGGAAAAUGGUCGGCGAGAGCUCCGAUUCUUCGCCGCUGGUGCCGCCGGCGCCUGUCAAGGACCCAUCUGAGAUUGACCUCGAGGCGGGGCCCGAUGAGCAAAUUCAAUGCCGUAUUUGCCUCGAAACCGACGGUAGGGAUUUUAUUGCUCCAUGCAAGUGUAAAGGGACAGCAAAAUAUGUUCACAGAGAGUGUCUAGAUCAUUGGCGUGCGGUGAAGGAAGGGUUUGCCUUUGCUCACUGCACAACUUGCAAGGCUCCUUAUUAUCUAAGAGUACACGGCGUUGCUGAUAGGAAAUGGAGAACAUUGAAGUUCCGAUUUUUUGUCACAAGAGAUAUUUUAUUUAUCUUUUUCUCCGUGCAGAUGGUUAUUUCUCUUUUGGCAUAUUUGGUGUAUCUUAUAGAUGGUUACCAGAACUAUUGGCUUCGUCUGGCAUGGGGUUUUGACAGUGAAAUUAGCUUCUACUAUAUAUGUGGAGCAUUAUUGUUUUUCGCUUUGCUGGGCUUAUCCGGAUGCUUUAUAACUUGUUACGACAGAAGAGUUCGAAAUGAUCUGGCGCAGCCUUGUCGAGAAUUGUGCCUUUGUUGUUGCCAACCUGGUAUAUGUGCCGAUUGCCACUUGCCCGGUACUCUCUGUAUGUGGACUGAUUGUACCACGUGCUUCGAAGGUUGUGCCAGUGCAGUUGGAGAAUGCGGUUGCCUUGGGGGAGCCGGUGAAGCUGGGCUGCCGUUACUUUUUAUAGUUGCUAUAAUAGUGCUCGGCUUAUUUACAGUAAUCGGCAUAUUUUAUAGCGUUUUGGUGGCUACAAUGGUCGGGCAGAGGAUUUGGCAGAGGCAUUACCAUAUACUUGCCAAAAGGAUGCUAACAAAAGAGUAUGUAGUCGAGGAUGUUGAUGACGAGAUGACGGGAGGCGAUUGGUUACCCCCAACACUACCCCCAGAGCACGUUCAGCAGCUUAAAGGGCUUGGCCUUUUAUGAGCUCCGAUUUGUGGCUAAGUUCCACACAAAACAUAUUUGCAUAUUUUAGGAGUGACUUCACAUCGUCUUUUUAGGUGAAGUAAUCUGUGAUUUAAUUGAUACAAUGAGAAGUUCCACCUUAUGUUUGAUUAUUGUUCAUAAUCCUAUGUGAGAUGAAGUAAUCUAUGAUUUAAUUGAUACGGAUCGCUGUUUCUUGCAUUGCUUGCACUGUGAAAUUGAAAGAACAAGUUAUUGAAGGCAUUAGUUCUUUCAAAAAAAUGUCUUGCCUUGAUCUAGCGAACGAUCUUUAUUUCAUUGGCGAUGCCUUUUAUUCGUUACUUUUUUCGGAUACUUUUGGACAUUUUCUGUGUUCGUGAGCUACUGAUGAUUGCCUUAAGCACCGUAAGCUAG